AUAUCAUCUGGAAAUUCGGCAACUCUUACAAAUUUUUCUGAUCCAUCAGUAUUAAUAUGCAGUUCUGAGCCUGAUGGGCCGGGUAACACGUGGUUAGUGGAAAACAACGAAGUGGGUGUAUUACGAAUAAAAUUUGAUUAUGAAUUAACGCCCACGGCGAUUGGUCUCAAGAAUACUAACUACCAAGGAAGAGGAACUAAGACGUUUAGGUUGAUUUCCAUUCCAAAUAAUGACAUAAUUACUCUUUCAUAUACGAACUCUACCAACGGAACUACGUUUACUUGCUCGGAUUCAUGUCCUUUGGGUCCUUCUAAUACUGAUUAUCAAAUAUUUAACUUCGUUUUUCCGUCAACAAUGAGGGCUAUUCAGAUCUUAAUUUUAGAGAGUUAUGGUGAAGGAGGUGGACUUCAUGGUAUUCAGCUAUAUCAAAGUGACAUUAUCGUUCGUGCAAUUAGUAAUUAUGGCUUCCCUACAUGUUCAAAUUCUUCGUUUUAUCCAAAUGUAACAACCAUUGGAAACUGGACUUCUGAAUUACUUCCUGGGAUUUGGGAUAUUGUGUUGAUAACCACGAUUCCUGCAGAUGAGAUAGCUAAUAGCACAACAAAGCUUAUAAUGAAACCGUAUGUCCCGCAACCCGGUUACUAUAAUGUUACCCUUAGGUCACCAUCUUGCAUUUCACUUGGAUGUGAUAGCGUUAUACCUAUCGAUGUUAAUGUCACAGUUUCUCCGGGUGUAUCAUCAGUGGUGACCAUAUCACAAAAUUCAUCACUUGAUUUUGACACAUUCUACACACUCUAUUCUGGUUAUAUUCUUGGAACAUCGACAACUUUUCAACCAAUUGUUGAAAUUACUGCUUCAAAAUCUGCUGUAGCGCCUAGUGAUGGUAGUGAUGCUAUCAUAUACGUUGAUUACAUCCAAUGUGUAAAGAUCGAUAAUCGUAGCUCUUUGAAUGGUUUACUUCAAUAUUCACCGCAAACAGCAACAGUUCAAGCCUCUUGGUAUGGAUUCAAUGAUUUUUUGGGUCCAAAUGCUAUAAUAAAUGAUAUAAUUGUAUUAUCACCAACAACAAUAGUAAUUGGUGGUAGUUUCAAUAAUGUUUCAUUUUCCAAUAUUGUGUUAUAUGAUGGAAUAAAAUUCACUCCUCUUAUUAACUCUGGUCUUAAUGGACGCGUCAAUACGAUGGCUCUAGUCGAUAAAGAUUUAUUUGUUGGUGGGUUAUUUAAUAACUUGUCUAAUGGGACCCUACCUGGAUUGAAUAACAUCGCGAGAUAUAACCUUAAUGAAAACAGGUGGUAUUCUAUUAGUGGUGGUGUCAACGGUGAAGUAAAUCGUAUAGCUUUUGUCAAUAAUGGAACACCACAAAUACAUGUUGCCGGUAAAUUCAACACCUUAAUAAAUCCGCAAUCUUCCACCCAGAAUACCAUAAUUGGUAAUGCCACUUUUGGCUAUAGUAUGUGGGAUAAUAUGUUAGGAAAUUGGGUUAAUACGGCAUAUGUAGAGGGCACAAUUGGUGACAUUGUAGCUUAUAAUAUACCGAGUUCUCAAAAUGGACCUCUUACUUUCUGGGGUGGCAGGAUGAAUUCCACGCAAUCUACUAUGUCAUUUGGUGGAGGCCUAAUUACCAAAUCAGGUUACAAUUCGCUUCCCUUGUUUCCGCAAACGAUGAAUGGCAUUACAUCAGAUUUUAUCAUUAACAGUGCAGUACAAUCGAAUGAUACUAAAAGUAAUAAGACUUUUACUGUAAUUGGUGGCAAAUUCCAAAUCAAUGAUAUCGUUAACGUAGCCAUAUUGGACAAUAAUAGAUGGAGGGGUAUGUCUCCAUCCAGUUUUCGAGGAGAGGUCAAAGUUGUUGUUCUAAGGAACAAUAUUUUAUAUGUUGGAAGUGAACUUGAUGGUAUAGAUGGUAGCGCCUUUGCCGUUUACAAUUUAGACAGUGAUAUAACCUAUGCACAAACAUUGACCGCCAAUGAUAAAAUUGUUAAAGUCAAUGCUAUAAAAUAUCGGAUUGGUACAGACGAUUACAUUGUUGCUGGCAAGUUUGAUAAAGCUGGUCAAUCAAGUUGCUCAUCUAUUUGUUCUUGGAAUUCUAUUUCGGGACAAUGGAAAACGCUAAACCCGGCUCUUUCUGGUGAAAUUGUUUCGAUGGACUUCGUAGGAACAAGUCAAAGCCAGAAUUUCCUCAUCGUCGUUGGAAAUAUGACGAUUGGCAAUAACGGAUUAGUCUAUGUUGCUGAAUAUGAUUUUAGUAAAAAUACAUGGAAAGAACAAGGUACACAAGGGAAUGGAGAUACACAACUUCCUGGACCCCCGACCGUAGUUAUUAAUUACUUUCUCGCGAGCAAUCAACAAUAUUUUGUUUCUGGAUCUGUUUAUAACACUGGUGAGGCUUAUAUACGAAAAUGGGAUGGUUCCAAAUAUAUAAACGUCAAUCCACAACUAUUGCCAGGCUCCGUGAUAAACCAAAUGUCAUUAGUUCCUGCAAGCAGUUCUCAUUCAAAAAAUGACAUUUUGGAUCCUCAAUGGUUACUUCUAAUCAGCGGGACACUCAAAUUAAAGGAUUAUGGUGAUGUUAGUGCUGCUUUGUUCGAUGGCAAUACGAUUUAUCCUUUCUUGUUGACGUCAAGCCGUGGAAAACCGGGCCACAUUCUGUCGCUCUUUACGACCAUCAUUCCUGAACUCCUUGGCUUAGCUAAAUUCUUACCAGUUCCGAUAGUCAUAUUGAUUUCUGCGGCAAUAGCAUUUUUCAUUGUAUUUUUAAUCGUUGCGGCUGGUCUAGCUUACGAUUUCAGAAGACAACGAAAGGCAAAAGGCAGCUUAAAAGCUAGUCCACGAAAUUCCGGCAAAGAAGCAAUGCGAGAGGGAGAACUAUUUGCUACCAUAAAUUCAAUAAUAGCACAACAUAGUGAUCCUCGCCAAUCAGUAACAUCUAGUAACAUGAGAAAUUCUGCAGCACUUUCCGAUGAAAAAUCUCAUGAUUUUAUGGGAGGAGCUGGAGUUGCAGCACUUACAACGUCUGAAUUGGAACCCAAAUCAGCAAUGCGCGAUAUCUCUGCCGCUGAUAAAGCAAUGAUAACUCGAGAUUUCUUAGCUAAUCACCCAGAAGCACGACAAUACUAUGCAAGAUAUCCAUUCAUUGCAAAAGAAGAAGGAGAAUUAAAUUUAAACGUUGGAGAUUCGAUUUAUGUGGUGGAUACUAGCGAAGAUGUCUGGUGGCUAGGAUGGAAAUAUGAUGAUGAAACCGGCCGUUUUGUACAAGGUAUAUUUCCAAGUAAUUAUGUGGUAGAAGAUCCAAGUACUACCUCCGG